CGGUUCUCCAUUGUGCGCAUCUCUUUUUCCACGGCUGCUCUGACCGCUCCUGCUGACAAUCUGCCAUUUUCGCCAUCUGCCCUAGAAAUGUCCACCGUGACGCUGGGCACGUCGAUAGAGGCGAGGUUAGUUCUGAUAGUGUGCUGCUGGCUUGCUAGCGGCGCGGCUGUGGCGUUUAGUCCUGCGGGUGCGCCUGUGGACACUACCUCGGCCCAGGUACGCGUACCAGCUGUUGCUGCCACGAGGUCAUCGACGCGUGUCUUUAGCUCAACAAUCUCAUCAAUAAGUUUCGCGUUAUGGUCGAUAAUCGCUUGCUGGUUCUUUCUGAUCUCUCUAGUCUCGCGUUCGAGGUUCUGGAUUGUUUCAUUCUGCUGCUGGAUGAUCUUAGUUAACGCGCGGUCGCCUGCGGUAGUGUUCGUUUUGCUCGGUGGUGUUCCUUGCGCGUCUCUUCAGUGGUGCUAGUAGCUCGGCUGGCAGGGAUGUCGCUUCGC